CUCCUAUCUAUUCUUAGGUGGCACUUCAGCAGGACUGAGCAGAGCCUUUUUGGUGACCUGCGUAAAAGAGUUACAAAAUGUCUUACAACGUGACUCUAAAUGGACCUGGACCAUGGGGUUUCCGACUGCAAGGGGGAAAGGACUUCAACAUGCCCUUGACCAUAUCCAGAAUCACCCCUGGCAGCAAAGCAGCCCAGUCCCACAUGAACCAGGGGGACCUUGUGGUAGCCAUUGAUGGAGUCAACACAGAUGGCAUGACCCACUUAGAGGCCCAGAACAAGAUCAAAUCAGCCAGCUACAACCUGAGCCUUACUCUUCAAAAGUAUGUUGAGAUAAGUUCCUCUGUGUUCCCGCCAGCACUGACACGAGCACCAGUGCAUUCUUAUACACCAGGCAAGGCUGAUCCUUCAUGCCGCCCUCCUUGGGUAACAGAUGACUCCUUUUCCCAGAAAUUUGCACCUGGAAAAACCACCACCUCUGUUACCAAACAUACCCUGCCACGGGGUGCUCCAGCACCAUCUCCUGCCUCAAUUUCAGCCUACUCGUCUCCUUCAAUACCAGCCUCUUCCCAGACUCCUGCUGUAGCCCGGGGAACAAUUCAAAGGGCUGAGCGUUUCCCAGCCAGCAACCGAACUCCUCUCUGCGGACACUGUAACAGCAUCAUUCGGGGUCCUUUCCUGGUAGCCAUGGGUCGUUCCUGGCACCCAGAGGAGUUCAACUGUGCUUACUGCAAGACAUCUUUAGCAGAUGUGUGCUUUGUGGAGGAGCAGAACAGUGUGUACUGUGAGCGCUGUUAUGAACAGUUCUUUGCACCAACCUGUGCCAGAUGCCACACCAAGAUCAUGGGGGAAGUGAUGCAUGCUCUAAGGCAGACUUGGCACACGACUUGCUUUGUCUGUGCUGCCUGUAAGAAACCGUUUGGGAAUAGCCUCUUCCACAUGGAGGAUGGGGAGCCCUACUGUGAGAAAGAUUACAUUGCUUUGUUCAGCACAAAAUGCCAUGGCUGUGAUUUUCCUGUUGAAGCAGGAGAUAAAUUCAUUGAAGCCCUUGGACACACUUGGCAUGAUACCUGCUUUAUUUGUGCUGUGUGCCAUGUGAAUUUGGAAGGUCAGCCAUUUUACUCCAAGAAAGAUAAGCCACUGUGCAAGAAACAUGCUCAUGCCAUCAAUGUCUAAAAGAAGACCUGGAAGCUAAUGGCACUGUGAGAAAAUUGGCAACUAACUGAGAAAUUGCAAAAAGGAUAACCCCAACUGACAUUUCUCAUUGAGGGAGGGUAGGAAGGCUAGGAAGCUAUUGAACACUUCUGAAGUAUAACUUUAAUCACUUUUAUAUUUGCAGAGCAUUUUUUUUGCAUGGUCCAUACAGAAAGCUGAAUGAACACUCAAUGUCAAAUUAGUCAAUCUGAGUCAAAUAUUACUGCAAAAGUUAGAACAAAAAUUAAAGAGAUUAAAAUUAAUUUAAAAAAAUGUUUUAUGUAAAAAUAAGUAAUAAAAAUACCCAGAUCAGCCUUAGAGCUGAGACCAUACACUAGUGUUUAAAACCAAUUACAAAUAAUUCUUGAAAUUUGUUACAAGAAAAUAUUAAGUGCCAAAAUAUUAAUUGUAAAAUAAUGUAUAGAAUCAUAGCUUUAAAAUUAAGAUAAGUAGAUCAGGAUUUCCUCACCAAAAAAGAAGUAUUAUUCCAUUAUUUAUGUCAUGGUGCUAGAUCCAAGCAUCAAUUUUUUGAAUGAACUAGAGCAGUGGUCGGCAACG